AUGCAGUGUUUGGAGCAGCAUCUUGAAGAACAAGAGCAACAUGUAGCAGAACAAGAAGAACUAGUGGCGCAACAGCUGGCCCAACUCGAGCACACCACAGAACAGCUCAAGCGGACCACCGAGCAGCAAGUAGGAGCUGUAACUGAAGAGUGCCAUCGGAUGAUCAAGGAAGCUGCGUCGGCUACGAAGAGGAGGAGUUAUUCUGGAGAUGUGAAGGAUGGAGUGCGAACAGAUCCUGAGAAGAUCCAUUCUGUUAUGGAGUGGCCUCAACCUAAGAACAAGCACGAAGUAAGAAGUUUCCUGGGACUCUGUACUUACUACAGACGGUUUGUGCCCGGGUUCUCGACAAUAGCAAAACCACUGCAUCAGCUGACCGAGGACAAGAGACAAUUUAUCUGGACCUCAGCAUGCAAGACUGCAUUUCAAGACCUCAAGAAAUCCCUGUGUUCUAGCCCCAUACUUGCCUACCCCCAUCUACAUAGAGAGUACAUCCUCGACACAGAAGCGAGCGAAGAUGGUUUGGGCGCUGUCCUGUCCCAGACAGGGUUCAAGUGCCAGAGUACAAGUGCCAGGCACCGAACACCGGACCCGGGUACUUUGCCAAGGACCAGAUACGUCUACACGGGGCGAAUGGCCCAGGGCCUCUGA